UCUGUUUUGGAUGGGAUAUGAACGUAAAUACAUAAAUGCCCUCUAAGUCCUGAUUCAUCUCCAAUUUCACUCCUCGCCUCUUCUCGUUCACUUCUCCGUUCCCUUCGCUGCCUGCCAUGGCAGAUAUGCUUCUUUCGACCGGGGUCCACGACACCAUCCCCAGCAACUACGUGAGGCCGGAGAACGAACGACCCCACCUCGACCACGUCAUCGCCGACGCAAACAUCCCCGUCGUCGAUUUCGGCGCCUCCGACAAGUCCCAAAUCAUCUCCCAAAUCGAGAAGGCUUGUCGACUAUACGGCUUCUUUCAGGUCGUCAAUCAUGGAAUCGACGCCCAAUUGAUCAAGAAGGUGCUGGCCAUCACCCUGGAGUUCUUUCGCCUCCCGCCGGAGGAGAAAGCGAAGCUCUACUCCGACGAUCCCGCCAAGAAAAUUCGCCUGUCCACGAGCUUUAAUGUGAGGAAAGAGACGGUCCACAACUGGAGAGACUACCUCCGCCUUCAUUGCUACCCGCUCGAGGAAUUCGUCCCCGACUGGCCUUCCAAUCCAUCCUCUUUUAAGGAUGUGUUCGGCAGUUACUGUAAGCAAGUUCGCCAGCUUGGAUUACGAAUUCUCGGAAUCAUAUCGUUGAGCUUAGGAUUGGAGGAGGAGUACCUGGUGAGAGUGCUGGGGGAGCAAGAGCAACAUAUGGCCAUGAAUUACUAUCCGAAGUGCCCGGAGCCGGAGCUUACUUACGGCCUGCCAGCGCAUACCGACCCCAACGCCCUCACCAUUCUUCUGCAGGAUCCCCAUGUGUCCGGCUUACAGGUUCACAAAGACGGCAAAUGGAUCGCGGUGGAUCCCAAACCCAACGCAUUCGUCAUCAACAUCGGGGACCAGCUACAGGCAUUGAGUAAUGGGAGGUACAAGAGUGUGUGGCAUCGAGCUGUGGUCAACUCAAACAAGGAAAGGAUGUCAGUGGCGUCCUUCCUCUGCCCCUGCAACAGCGUGCUCAUCAGCCCUCCCGAGAAGCUCAUCGCCGACGGCAGCCCAGCCGUCUACCGUAGUUACACCUACGACGAGUACUACAAGAAGUUCUGGAGCAGGAACCUGGACCAAGAGCACUGCCUCGAACUCUUCAAAAGGGACAGGGAAACCUGCCCCGACGCUCCCACAUUUCCCUGCCCCGAUACUCCCGCAUAGCUGGCACUAACUCGUGUAGUCCACCACCCUUCGUGCUAGUUAAAUGGUUUUUUAUUGUUGUUGUUGGUGUUAAAGAAUGAUUCUAAAUGAAUGAUUGAGUAGGUGGCAAUAA